UAGUUCUAUCCAACAACAAGCAGGGUAAAAAAAAGAACGCCGAGCGCGUUUCCCAUCUUCAAAGAUUGUUUUGAAAAUAAAAAAUAAUCAACGGAGGGUGGGAGUCCAUCAGGGACUUGCAAGGAAUCAUCAUUUUUGGGGGAGAAUGUUUGGAGCCGUUUUGUCUCUGAUUCUGUAGUACGGUUGUCAAGGAUUCGACGGAGCUGUUGAUCGGCGGUUCCGUGCCCGAGAAUGAGGCGUCUGCUUCUGGCUAUCAUUUUGGUGGCCGGUGCCUGGGUCUCGCAUGGUACCGAGUACAAAAUUGCCCUGUUGGUGCCAUUCACCGACCCGCAGAACGGCAAUCUCCAGGCCAUUGGAGAUCCCAUCGCCGGCGCUUUCCCGUUAGCGGUUGACGAUAUAAACCGAAGUCCAAGCCUCUUGCCUGGCCACACUUUGUCGUGGGAAUGGACGGACUCCCAGUGCAACAUCAAUGUAGGAAUGGAGGCCGUCGCCGACUACUGGGCGCGUGGAUUUGUCGGCGUCAUCGGUCCAGGCUGCUCAUGCGACUACGAGGCUCGACUUGCCGGCGCUAUCAACUUCCCACUCUUCGAUUACGGAUGUGACGAAGCUGCUGUGUCUAACAAGGAGGUGUAUCCUACCUACAUGCGGACCCUACCACCAAGUACGCGUGUUGCCGAUGCGCUGAUCAUUACCAUGCAGAUGUUUGACUGGGAUCAGGUGACCGUAGUUCUCCGCAACCAUUCAACCUGGCACCAGGUCUACACCGUUGUCUCGGCUAAGUUCAGGGAGAACAACAUCACCGUACAGCACGAGGAGGUCUUCCAGUCCGGCUUCAUACCCUACAACGACUCGACACCUGACCCCUUCCCUGACAUCAUUCGACGCACUAAGGAAACCACACGAAUCUACGUCUUUCUUGGGGAAAUAUACGAGUUGCGCAGUUUCGCCAUCGCCGGUUACGAUCAAGGCUUGAAUAGCGGGGAAUAUGUGACCCUUGGAACGGCCAUAGACCACAAGAUGCGCACCACGCAGGAAUGGCAUAGCAUGAAAUUUCUUGGCUGGGGUACCUAUGAAGACGAGAAGGCCAUCAAGGCAUACGAGUCGGUCAUGAUCUUAACGCCUAAAGGACCCAAGAAGACCUAUUUGUACAAGGACUGGGCGUGGAACGUCAAGGAUACUGUUCAACUCGCUCCAUUCUUCGGAACUGGCAGAUACUUCCACACCUUUGCUGCGUUCCUGUACGAUGCUACCAUCCUCUUUGCUGAAGCCUUACAGGCGACGCUAGAAGCCGGAGAGGACCCAUUUGAUGGUCAGAAGGUUGUCAGCCACACCUUAAACAAGGCCUAUCAGAGUAUUUCCAUGCUGAACAACCAGAUAGACCAUCAGGGGGACGGUGUGUCUAGGUUCCUGCUACUGGAUAUGAAUAAGUUGCAGAAAGCUGACUCGGGCCUGAUACCUGGCUACCCAGGAAUGAUUGGAGUGGGAGAAUACAUCCGAACCAUCGAGGGGCAAUGGACUUUCAAUAGGACUGACGACUACGAUGUGGAUAUCCAAUGGCCUAAUGACAUGGGCCCUCCACUGGACAUGCCCGUUUGUGGAUACUAUGGCGAACUCUGUCCAAAAUAUGGCUUGUACUUUGGCGUUGGCGUACCGCUGGUCUUACUAGUCGUGUUUCUGUCUGUUGGAUACUACUUCUACAGGAAACGCAAGUACGAGGGUGAGCUGGACAGCUUGGUGUGGAAGAUUGACUUUGAAGAUGUCCAAGCUCGGGGUGGUGAUACCAACAAGUCUGGAAUCUCCAUGAAGAGCAUGGUCAUGAGCACGAUAUCCGUCAUGACCAAUCAGGAGACCCAGCAGAUCUUCGCCAGGAUCGGCACCUAUCGCGGAAAUGUUUGCGCCAUUAAAGCCGUCAACAAGAAUCACAUCGAUAUCACCAGGGAGGUCCGAAAGGAACUGAAGGCGAUGCGCGAUGUUCGCCACGACAACGUUUGCCAGUUCGUAGGAGCCUGUGUGGACCGACCGCAUAUCUGUAUCCUGAUGACAUAUUGUGCCAAGGGCAGCUUGCAGGACAUUCUGGAAAACGAUGACAUCAAGCUUGAUAACAUGUUCCUGGCGUCGCUGAUUGCCGAUCUCGUCAAAGGCAUGAUCUACAUACACACCUCCGAGAUUGAGUCCCACGGCAAUCUCAAGUCAUCCAACUGCGUCGUGGACAACCGUUGGGUCUUGCAGAUCACGGACUAUGGGCUGUGGCAGUUCAAGAAAGGGCAAGGCGAAGACCCGGAUAUGACUGAUGAUGUGCGGUACAGAAAUAUGCUUUGGAGGGCUCCUGAACUGCUCCGGAUGGGACAGACCAUGCCAGCAUGCGGCACCCGCAAGGGUGACGUCUUCUCAUUUGCUGUCAUUCUGACUGAGAUGUACUCACGAUCUGAACCGUACAACCUCAACGACGAAGAACCGGAAGAAAUUAUUGCGAGACUGAAGGCAGGUUCUAUACCGCCUUACCGGCCGUUGCUCAACGACGUGAAUGAGACCGCACCAGAGUGCGUGCUGAAGGCCAUCCGCCAAUGCUGGGUAGAGGAUCCCGAGGACCGACCGGAUUUCUUCGGAGCUCGCACCACGCUGGCUCCUCUACAGAAAGGACUGAAACCCAACAUCAUGGACAACAUGAUUGCCAUCAUGGAGCGCUACACCAACAACCUGGAGGAGCUAGUAGACGAACGUACCGAGGAGCUGCGACGAGAGAAGACCAAGACAGAACAAUUGUUGCACCGCAUGCUGCCACCAUCUAUAGCAUCACAGCUGAUGAAGGGGAUCUCUGUUGCUCCGGAAACCUUCGACAUGGUGUCCAUCUUCUUUUCUGAUAUUGUGGGCUUCACCGCUCUGUCUGCUGCUAGUACACCCAUUCAGGUCGUUAACUUGUUGAAUGCCUUGUACACGCUGUUCGACGCCAUCAUUUCCAACUAUGACGUCUACAAGGUUGAAACCAUUGGCGAUGCCUACAUGCUGGUCUCCGGCCUACCGCUCCGUAAUGGCAACCGUCAUGCCGGUAUGAUCGCCUCCGCUGCAUGGCAUCUGCUGGAGGGUGUUAGUAGUUUCAUCGUACCGCACAAACAAGAGGAGAAACUCAAACUCCGAAUCGGUAUUCACUCAGGAUCUUGUGUGGCAGGUGUAGUUGGCCUGACCAUGCCUCGGUAUUGCCUCUUUGGUGACACGGUCAACACAGCGUCUCGUAUGGAGUCUAACGGACUCGCGCUCAAGAUUCACGUGAGUCCUGAAUGCAGACAGGUACUGGAAGAACUUGGAGGAUACAAUCUAGUAGAGAGAGGACUGGUUGCCAUGAAGGGCAAAGGUGAAAUCCUGACGUACUGGCUUGAGGGACAGGAUCCAAGCUACAAGAUCGACAGAAUCAAACCACCCAAACAAAACUUGUAAACAUCUAGCAUUAUCCCAACAUCAUCUGCAACGGAAGUUACAAAGUCCAAUACCAUUUAGAUCAGCAAUUAUUUGUAAAGAGGCAAAAACCAUAACCAGCUAUCAAUCUGAACUAGAAAUUAUACCACAGUGUGUGUAGGUCUAUUUGAAAAAGCUAACAACAAAUUCAAAUUAGCACACAGUUUUGUGUUCACCAACAGUUUUGUUGUUCACGAGAACAGCUUUCAUUUAGCAACUUUAAGAAAAAAAAGUUUAAUCGUACUUGUACAAUAACUAACUUUGAUCAAGUCACUGAUUUACAAAGACUGAAUUAUUUUGAAGUCGCAUUAUAAUCUAUUACCAUGUAGAAAUUCUAACAAAAAUUACAUCAAACAAUCUAAAAAAUAAUUUUAAUCAAACAAACACACUCUGAGUUCAAAAUGUUGAGAGUCGCUACUUUGGUAUUAACUUGUAUUCAAACUUCACAAAAAAGAAAGAAAUGUAUAUAACAUCGAAAAUUACUUUGUAAACUAUAAUAUAUCAGUCUAGAAUCCAAAGUUGAAAGAAGAAGCAAGGCUUUUACAGAUUUGUAACAAAGAUGACACUUGAAUUGUCAUGGUAUUGAUAAGAACAAAAUCAGCAUUGUUAUCAUACAAAACAGCGUGACUAGAAACUAACUUUAAAUGGACCCUUGUUAACUAAUGCAAUAUGAGGUAUGCAGCUGCAAAACGCAAAUAGUAGAAUGUGAGGACUCGGGUAUUAUUCACUUUUAUAAAUAAAGCUUUAGCAAUUUUGGACGCACAGAUUUUUAUAAAUUGGCAUAGAAGUAAGUUGUGUAACGUGAGAAUGUAUACAGCAAAAAAAUAAAACCCAAUCAGACACUGGUGUAAAUGGAG